AUGGGCCUUCCCAGAAUGCCUGUCGAGAUUGUAUCUCUCCUCGUUGAGCUCCUCGACGUCGUCGAUGUGUUCAAUAUGGCGUUGAGCUGCCGGUCUUUGUAUGGUAUCCUCCUGGAUGAACGAAUGUGCCGUAUUACACUUAAGAAAGCACCGUAUUCUGCAGAAGCGAGAGAGGCACAGUCAACAAGCAACUUCCCGAAGGCGUUCCGGAAGCUUGCUAAGCGGCGAAUGGCUGUCCGAGCAGCGGAGCCUUGGAUGGUUGCUAUAGUUGCCAUGGCAGAUUGUUUCAUCUAUACAAAUGGUCACUUGUGCUACACUGUUAAUAGCAAGCAUCUCCGUGUCCUCAACACACUCGAGAAGAAGCCUACAUCUGAGUUGACAGUCGAUGUAACACUGCUUCUCAUGGCCGCAGUAAGAGACUACGACCCUCGAAAAUCUCACACCUUUGAGCCCCUGUACUAUGCUCAAGGUGUUCUCUCAUGCCUCGCAACGCAACUUUCCCAAGAUUCCACCACAUGCAGCUGGCUCCUCAUCUUCGAGCUAAGAGAAUCCCCCAGAUGGGUUGUUGUGCAAAGGCCAGAUUCAAGAUACCCAUCCUUUGUGCGCAACGACAAAGAUUACCUAAUAUGGGGUUCAAAAUCACAUGUUGGACUCGAUGGGAGCUAUAGAUGGAGUCUUCGUUGCCUCAAUCUUCAGACUCGCAAGUGGGAAGAAGUCCAGAUGAUUUUGUGGGACUUUGACAAGGAAAACAUAGGAUCUGACAUCUGCUUCGAAAUCAUCGAUGGCCAAUUUUACUGUGUUACCAACACGUUGAAGACAGAGGCUGAACAUGGAGUACGAAAUAACUUUUACCAGGUUGUGCGGUUUCCUGUGGACAAUGCAUCGCAUGGCAAUUGCGAGAAACCUCUGAUGCGCAAUCUCUGGCGUCGCCAUGAUUCGGAGGGCGCUGUAGAUGAGCGCUGGACUUCAUUGCAGCUCAGUAAAGACGAGAAAACAGGUGAGCUAUUCAUCGUUGAGACGCGAAAGGAAUGGUUUCCAGGAAACGCAGGCAGUCAGAGGACGUGCUACAAGAAGAUGCUUCGGUUUGGUCAACAGAAGGAAGGUCUUCACGCAGAGUCCGAUUUUUCAACUUCGCUCGGGCCAAUUGUGGAAAGCCUCGACGAAGAGGAAUGGAGCAGCGAGGUUCAUGUUGAAGAACGGUCAAGUGAGAAUACUCACAUUGGCGACGGUCCAACAGACUUAAAGGCCUACACCCUUGAUGAUUGCUUUGUGCGUUCAUAUAAUCCAGCAUGCGAUACUUUUAUCGAUCUCGUUUCUGAGGCUUACAACUCUGGGUCGACGUUACAACUCAGAGUACAGCCCAAGAAUCAGGUGCCACCAGUCAUUGUUUGGCCACAAGUCCAACAAGCAUGCCACCGCAAUAAAGGUUUGGCUCAGCUUCAAGGUGUUAUCAACCCCAUCCAACCGAUCAGAGGAAUCGAGUGGUCUAUGGAUGAUCGAAGCUUGGUGUAUUCACCAACUUAUAUGGCAUCUGGACAAUUGAGGCCCGUCAUCCUCAUCUCAUUUGAUCCAGAGCUUAUUCUUCCAGGCUUUCCCAAUUACGUAAAACAGACUCAAGAUGCAAAUAAACAUUCCAAAGCCGCUUCACGUCUAGAAACCAGUGGUGGAAGAAAAGGGACACCGUGGUCAUCGAACCAGGAUAUCGGCGAAAUUGCAUCGCCAUCCGAGGGGGAUCCGAAGGCAUGUGCUAACCUUGUCAGAUUACGCCCUGCACUUUAUCAGACGAUGAGUCUGGGUAAUGGCGAUGCACAUGGCUUUGAUCUCUCAUGCCCACGUCUUUCUAAAGGCUUGAGGCCGCAGUAA